GACAGUCGCGCAGCCUCGAGGGAUGGAGGAGGUGCGCGAAGGACGCGCGCUCGGUGGCAGGAUGGAGGCCGACGGGCCCGCGAACCCCCAGGAGCUGCCCCCCUCGCCACGGUCGCCGUCACCGCCGCCGUCGCCGCCAUCGCCCGCGGCCCCAGAGACCCCGGAGACCCCCGAGCUCCCCGAGCCGGAGCAGCCAUCCGAGGCCCACGCGCGGCAGCUGCUGCUGGAGAAGUGGGGGCCGCUGAGCGGGACCCUGGACCUGCCCCCGCGCCUCACCUGGAAGCUGCUCCUGCUUCGGAGGCCGCUCUACCGCAACCUGCUGCGAUCGCCCAACCCCGAAGGCAUCAACAUUUAUGAGCCAGCGCCCCCUACUGGUCCCACCCAGCGACCCCUGGAGACUCUGGGGAAUUUCCGCGGCUGGUUCAUUAGAACCGAGAAACUCCAGCAGAACCUAAGCUGGACCGUGAAGCAGCAGUGCGUGGACCUCCUGGCUGAGGGCCUGUGGGAGGAGCUGCUGGAUGACGAGCAGCCAGACAUUACCGUCAUGGACUGGUUUGAGGACAGCCGGCUGGACACGUGCGUCUAUGAGCUGCACGUCUGGCUGCUGGCGGCCGACCGCCGCACAGUCAUUGCUCAGCACCACGUGGCCCCCCGGACUUCUGGGAGAGGCCCCCCUGGCCGCUGGGUCCAGGUGUCCCACGUAUUCCGUCAUUAUGGUUCCGGCGUGCGCUUCAUCCACUUCCUGCACAAGGCCAAGAACCGCAGGGAGCCUGGCGGGCUGCGGCGGACACGGGUGACCGACUCCUCUGUGUCUGUGCAGCUCCGGGAGUGACUGGCUGGCUCCACAUCUGUUCUGACCCCAUGGCACCCCUCCCUGACCUUUAGAAACCCCUAACCCUUAGCCACCUCCUAGGCCCCUUAUUCCUGCCUGGCCCCCUGGCUCCUCUCUUGAUUGACAGCUUCAUACACUCCUGAACAGUGGACUCUGGCCUUUCCCAGCACUCGCUGAGCCCCAUGAGGGCAGAGCCACGCCUUGUAAAUUCAGUGCCUGACAGAUGCUCUGGCGGGUGCUCCGUAGUUCUCUGCUGAGUGAAUGCAUAGACACCUGUGCCCAAGGAUGCUGAAUGCUUUGAACUCCACUGAAAUGGAUUGCUCACUGCCGUGUCGCUGGCACCACCCAGCCCAGGACUGUGCACAGGGUGGGUGGAGCGAAUGUGUGUUGAAGGGGGAAUGGAACCAUUCACCUCACUCAGUUCCUGCCCCAUUUACCCGCCCCUGAUCCUUGAUCUUCCAUGAUCUUCACAACCCGGGGACCUUCUGACCCUGACCUCUGAUCUCUUCACACAUCUCCCUUUAGCAUCUCCACUUACCUAUUCUCCAUCUCUCUCUUUU